UCGGGGCACUUACAGGCAGCAGGCCGUCACGUCAUAUUAUUUGGACCCUUUGGAGCACGCGUGGCAUUUGCAAAUCAUGCGGUUCAUCAUCGAGAGCGGGAUGCCGUUCAACUGCUCGAAGCUUGAAAGCUUCAAACGCAUGUUCACGAUGAUAAUCCCGCCGGGGGUUCCGGGGGCGGCCGCGCCUAGACUUCCCUCCUACCACAUGCUGCGCACGACCCUUUUGGACGAGCUGGAUGGUGAGAUUCAGAAGUGUGUUCGGCCGGUGCUUGACACGUCGAGAGAGACCGGUUGCAUAAUCAUGACCGAUGGUUGGACCAACAUCCGUGGCCAGACGUUGUGCAACUACCUUGUUGGGACAGAGAUCGGGGUAGUGUAUGUCGCCACCGACGUCACGCGCGGCAAAAAGGACGCCAGUGCCCUCGCGAACGCCUGGUUGAAAAGGGUGAAGUCCAUGGACAUUCAAUUGAGCGACAUCACAGCGUUGGUGACGGACUCCGCCGAGGUGAACGUCGCGGCGAUGGAGGUAUUCCAAAAAGAUGAGAGCGUGAAACACAUCUUCUGGAUUCCUUGCGUCGCCCACGUCAUGCACCUCAUUCUCGAGGACAUCGGCGGGAUUGAUUGGGUCGCUUCCCGCAUUGCGCAAGCGAGGCUGGUUACACGGUUCUUCAAGCGUCAUGGACAUGCGAGAGAGGUUCUUGAGGCGCACUCGACGAAGACUCUUCUGCUACCGGCGGAGACGCGUUUCAUCACUAACGUCAUCAUGAUGGAGAGAGCUCUGCGCAAGAUGCUCGAGCCCAUCAUGGACAUGCUGAAGUUGGUGGACAGCAACACACGCCAAAUCAGCAAGAUUCUGCGACGGUACGAGGAGAUGAUUGCGUCUUGUUUAUCUGCAUGUCGUGACAUUGAUCGGGACCAGCAGGACGCUAUUGUCGAGGUUUUCAUCAGGCGGCGCACCAUGUUCGAGACCCCCGCCCAUACAGCAGCCACGCUGCUAGAUCCAGAGUUCCGGGACGCGACGCUGUGUGACGAUGCGGAGGUGCAACCGGCCUUGGUCGAGGCCCUGGUACAGUUCGGUUACUCGGAGGGAUCGCCUCAGCACCAGGAGGUCCAACGAGCGGUCGCCAAGCUCCACACGAGGGAGCCCCCUUUCGAUGAGCUCACCAUGCGGCGAGCUGCGGAUAUCUUUGAUCACCCUGCCAGUUUUUGGUCCUCUAAGAAGGGGAAGUUCCCUCACACGACUGUGUUUGCAGGCAGGAUCCUUCGUAUUUGGGCGACCACAUCACCGUGCGAGAGAGCCUGGUCUCGUUGGAGCUUCAUUCAUUCGAAGUCUUGCAACAGGUUGGAAGUUCCUCGGGCUGAGAAGCUUGUGCGGUGCCAAUGGAACCUUAGGCUACUCGAUCGACCUUCGUUGUGCGACGAUGGUGUUGGGGAGAGGCCCGGCGUCUUCGGGAAAUGGGUGCAUUAUUGGCAGGCCAUGGAGGACGAGGCGGCCGUGGACCAGCAGCUCGUUAGAGGCACCGGUGCGCUGGCCAGGGUGACUGAGGAAGAGUUGAGCAUCGCCAGAGAGAGGAUGCGAGCCGUUUCCCGCAUGGGAGCCGAGCGUCGGGUGGCGGAGUCGGACAGGAGGCGACGCAGGGCCGGUGGUCGAGGACGUGGCGGCCGUGGACGAGAAGGUGUCGGAGAAUGGACACGUGGCGAUGUGGGUUCCGCUCCUCGGACUCGGCGACACCGGACAGAGGGUUGCAUUCGCAGGGCCCGGGUGCGUUGGGACGAGGGUGACUUCUUGUUCGACAACACAUCCAGCGACGACGACGAUUUCUUUGCGUCGGGAACACACGCAUCCACGGGCGAUGAUAGAGGUGACGCUGACGACAGAAGCGAUGACCGAGGCGACGGUGAUAACAGAGGCGAGGAGGGGGGAGGCGACGGCGGAGGCGGGGGCGGGGUAGGUGAUUCAGCAGGGCCCGGGGUUGAGGAGCGUGUGGACGACGGUCUUAUGCUUGGUGGUCGCUUCGUUUUGAAGCGGUUGAGACAUAGGGGCAGGAGAGAUGAAAGUAUUGCGUCUCGUGUACGCAGACGUCAUGUCCACAUUGCGAUUGACACGGGGGCGCGGGUGAUGGAGCAGGACCCGGUUGCCGUGUCAGCGGACGAGAUGGGAGAACCUUCCAACGAGACACGCCGUGACCCGGUUCAUGCAGAGGCGCAAGCCUCGAAUACUGAUCUGAUGGUGACGGAGGACGAUACUGGGUUCAGGAUCACUCAUCCCCGAUCGCCAGCGUCGGUUGUUGGCACUGAGGAGGAGACGGAGUUCGGAGGACCCAGUCCACUCCGCCAGGCGCAGACUAGGUGCACUCCAGCAGGCGCCGCAGUCCACUCCACAGGAGAAGGUUUGGAGGACUGCGAGGCACGACGUGAGCCGCCUCCUCACAUGACUGACAACGGUCUAGAGGAUGGAGAGGUUGCACCCACUCCCACUUGUGGACAGGACGGGAAGGACGAAUGUCCUCCGACGGGCCACCACGUCGGCCUCGACUGCCCGCCCGACAGUCUUCCAUGCACCGACGAGCUAUUCACCAUGCAUUCCGCCUUGGCAUCUCUGCCCGAUGUAUCGCUACUGAUAUCUCCCACUUUGCCGGUUGUGGCACCACCGGAGCAUGCUGGACGAGAUGACGCGCGUCGUGACAGAGGGUUCGACGAGUUCGGCAGCGACACGAUAUUGCGGCGACAUGAUACUACAUCCUCCAGAGUCCGGCACUCCCGCCAUUUUUCAUGUCGGUGCACCGUGGGCGAUGGAGCAGGGGUUGGCGGAGGAGGUGGCACAGAACCGUCAUGGCGGACCGUCCAUGAGCCUCGACCGCAUCUGAUGGGGAUGCGUGACAUCAUGCGUCCACCACCCUCACGCCCCCUUGUCGCUGACCCCGCCGCCCACGGGCAGGCCGCGCCGAGCGCAUUGCCUACGAGGUUUUUCUACGACGGUGUGGGCAUGGACCGGAAGGCGGGCGAUAUGGGACAGACAUCAGCAUGCGGACCGGCAGAUGUGCCCGCGGGGGCGCGAUCAAUCGGCAACGUCGAUGGCACUUGUCACGAUUCCAUGAGAGCUUACGAGGAGCAGCAUGGGACGCCUUUACGGGCUGAGACGACCGAUGUCCACGACACCAGGACGGCAACUGCGAGGCUAUCAUGGGCGAGGAAGAAGGGAACAGGUGUGUCGAUUCCGUAUCACCGGCGCCGCCCGCAACCUUUUUUCCGCAACGGGGACGAGACCAGACAGAUGCCAGCUGCCGCAGAUGGACAGGGGGGGGCAGAGGAAGGUGACAUAGUAGACGAAUCAGGUCGAGGUGAGAGGAGACGAGGCGGCACGAUCAUCAUCCACGACGACAGCUCCACGGCCGCUGAGAGCGGUGAGACCACAUGCGCCGACGAUCCUGAUGACUCCGAUUACGUCCCGAGGAUCCGGACGGCAGACGGAGAUGACGGCGGAGGUCGUCGCGUGAGGAUGAGGACUUGGCCCGGAAGGAAUGAGAGAGGGGGAUAUGGCGCGUCGUCUGAUCCAUAUCCGAAGUCCCGUGACCCCAGAGCAGCCAAGGGUUCGACCUCCAGAGGCGCUGACGACAGGCCACCCACUCCUAGGAACUCUUGCAUCUACAAUAGGGGGGAUGAUCAUAUCAAGAAAGAUUGCCCGGAUCUCAAACGGGCAAUAGAAGAGGGACUUGUCGUGCUUGACGACCGCAAGUACGUCAAGUGGGCAGACGACCUGGGAGAUGUAUCGAUGUUCCCUUUGAUGAAGGAAGAGAGCAUCAAGAUAACUUUUGAGGGGGAUAUGGCGACCACACCCAUAAGGGUGGCAGCCACCAAGUUGGCGAGGGGAUCUACAUCGAAGAAGGCUGAAACGGAUUACGUGAUGGCAGAGAAAGACGGACAACGGAUUGAUGGAGAGGAGGUUAUUCUUUCGCCGCGGAAACGGGGAGUGAAGAAGUUCUUGAUGAAGAGUUCGCUGGACGAGAUUGACAUGGUCGAGCCGCUGUGGCGGGCCCUUCGGCAGCCCAUGCAGUGCUCCAUUCUGGAGUACCUGGCGGCAUCGAAGUCGGUUCCCGAUGAGUUACAGAUGAUCACGAGGAAGACUCGCGUACCCCUAUCAGAGGAGGCUCAAGGGACCCCUAAGGCGGAUGCUCCUACUGUAGCGGUAACUGGGGUGACUGCCAGAGCGGAUCGUAUGGCGACAGUCCUUCUUGAUGGGAUGGAAGGAGUGCCUCCAGACAAGUUUUACAUACUUGGUAGUGGGGCAGUGGAGACGAUCAUAAACGAUGGAGCGGUACUCGACGCUGUGAUCGAUAACGGCAGUGAGCCUGUCAUUAUAAACGAGGAUCUGGCAGUACAGGUUAGGCUGGGCCUCGAUAGGUCAUACCUAUUCGAGAUAGAGACGGCUGAUGGGAGAAAGCAACAGAUCACUGGGGUUUGUCACAAGGCAGCCAUACAGGUCCAAGGAGUACGAGUGACCCUGCCUGUCUUUGCAGUCAAGAACUGCAGUUCCGAUCUGCUCUUGGGACGAACGUGGUUAAGCCACGUGCAUGCAGUGACGAUAGAGCGAUCGGACGGGAGCCAGACAUUGUCCAUUAAGAAGCUAGACGGGAUGCGAGAAAUGAUUGAGACAGUGGAGCCUCGGGACCCGGGGAACAGAGCAGCUCUCGCUGUGGGCGCCAAACCCAGUAAUCAGAUUAAGUCAUUACCUAUCUCCGUCCGCGCGGUGCGAUUUCGGGAGAAGAAGUAUGGACCACUGCUCACAGAGGAAGAAGGUUGGAUCGUGGAGGUGGAAGAUUUAGGGAGUCGGCUGAUAGUGGACGGCGAGUCGUACCCAAAGGAAAAAUAUGAGGAAUUUGGCGGUGUGGUAUCCGUGUCUUUUUUAAGGGCACGGCCCCCUAUCGGGGGCUACCCAAGCGGCACAAGCGAGUAGCUCAAAAAGUUAAGCCAGCGGCGGUGGGCCGCGAGAGAUC